AUGCAGCCUCCCGACCUCCUCCCCUCUUCCGCGGCAAUACACCAUGCGCUUGCUACAGAAUCGCAAGCGUCGCCUCUGCUCUCGGACAUCAUGACAACCUCCACUGCUGUGAUGUUUGGCAUAGCGACUGCUGCAGCCUCGGCUACACAGAACUCAUUGUUCCCUCUCGCAUCGGCCUCCCCAUUGGAGUCCGCGUCAACCACCGACGCGGAUGACGAAAGCAGCGGCGAAUGCAAGUUACUGGGUCCUUUUGCCAUUCUUGUCCAAGGUGCUCUAGGAGCUCUCGCCCUGUUGUCUCUAGUGUACAAAAGAUGGCGGGAAAGGCCGCAGCGACCUCUGAAGAUCUGGUCUUUCGAUGCCUCAAAACAGGUCGUAGGGUCCAUCCUGCUACAUCUGGCAAAUCUACUCAUGUCUAUGUUCUCUUCUGGACAAAUCGAACGAAGCCUCGUAAAGGCCGCAGCAAGCACCCUCGGUACCGGGAUCAAUGAUGUAUACAGCCCCAAUCCUUGUUCUUUCUACUUGUUGAACCUGGCCAUUGACACGACGAUUGGAAUCCCUAUAUUGAUAUGCAUACUGAGAAUCCUGACUAUCGGCGCGAGUUACACCCCUCUCGCAAGACCGAAAGAGUCAAUAGAAUCCGGGCAUUAUGGAACGCCACCCAAGGCCACCUGGUGGCUGAAGCAGUGUCUCAUCUACUUUUUGGGAUUGCUGGGAAUGAAGGCUUGUGUAUUGCUCAUCUUCCAGCUGUGUCCAUGGCUGGGCCAAGUCGGUGACUGGGCUCUACGCUGGACAGAAGGCAACGAAGCCAUCCAGAUUGCUUUUGUCAUGCUCAUUUUCCCACUGAUCAUGAACGCACUACAAUAUUACAUUAUCGACACUUUCAUCAAGGACAACAAGGCCUCUCGAGAGGACGACGAGGACAACAGGGAGCAUGGAGCCGAAGAGGAGCAUGGUGGAUUACUCGAAGAAGAUUAUCCCGACCAUGGACACUCCAUCGACGAAGAUGAGGCUUGUAAGCCGGCACCUCCGACCAUCAAAGCACAGGCCCGGUCUCAGAGCAGAACCAUCGCGUCUUAUGACCCGGACAAGGACGGAGAGGUGGAUGCAGGUGACUCCCAGGGGGAGAGGAGUUCACUCGCAAGUCACGCGGAGGAGGAAGCCGUGGAACAUAGGCCGCACAUUUGA